ACGAGAUGUUCUUUGGAGUUUGAGUGCGUGAUGGCCAUGUCUCUGCCCCGUGCUUCCCGCGCGAGCCAUGUCUUCAAGCUGAUCGCGUGGUGCUGCGUUCUCACCUGCCAAGCAGAUUCUCUUCCUGCAGCACUCCCGGUCCGCGCGGUCCGCGCGCCCUCGAACAUCAAUGUGACAGACCUCCUGGGAUGGACGCCACAACUGGGCCCGGAGUGGGGCUUCAAGAUCACCAUGCGGAAGUUCAACCAGACUGUGCAGGAGCUCUUCAACAUCGGCCUCCUUUUGAUCUACAACUUUGAUCAGCCCAAUGCGCAAAAAGUCUUUCAGGAGGCCAUCCGCCUCUCGGACUCCUCCAGCUCCAGCUGUGCCAUGUGUUUCUGGGGUCUCGCCCACGCCUAUGGGCCCACGCUGAACGCGCCAGUGAAGUCGGCCGAAGAGCUACAGUUGGGCCGUGCCGCCGCGCAGGAGGCCGUGAGGAGCGCGCAAGGAGCGGUGAAGGUGACGUCCAAGGAGGAGGUCUUCAUCCGGUCGAUGGUGGUGCGAUACCCUGAAAAUGCCAGUGAACAGGGAGCCAAUUAUGAAAAGUAUGCCAAAGUCUUGGGUGAAUUGACCAAGGAGAAAGGGCUUUUGGAAGAGGUAGACCUCAAGGUGUUCCGUGCAGAAGCAUUGAUGAUUUUGAUGUGUAGUCCGGACCAGUGGCAUUUCUACGACACACGAGGUGAUAAGCUACCUGCAGUUGCAAGACCUGAGACUGUGGAAAGCACAAAGAUGUUGAGAGAAGCACUGAAUGCCACAAAUCAAACGCAUCCUUAUGCACAACAUUUACUCAUCCACAGCACUGAGAUGUCCAACACUGAAGUGCUGACAGCCUUGGACACAGCCUGGAAGCUCUUGGCAGAUACCGCCGAGUUACAAGAUCAACACUUGCAGCAUAUGACAAGCCACACUUAUCUCCGGGCUGGUCACUACCAUCAAGCUUUGAUCAGCAACAUUGUGGCUGUUGGCAGUGAUGCCGCAUAUUUUCGGCAUCAUUGGAUGCCAUAUGGUCCUGGACACAAUUCCGUGUUUCUUGUUUGUUGUGCCCUUUGGGGUGGUGAGAGGGCAGCAGCAUACAAAUAUGUGCAAGUGGCUCAAGAAGUCUUUGAGCGGGCACCGGCUCAGGCGGACUACCCUGAUGGCAGCAUGGCAUGGAACUAUCCCAUGUUGGUGGCGCUUCGCUUUGGCGACUGGGCCACCGUGGCUCAGUUGGAGAAAGUGCCACCCCAUGGCUUCGCCCGCCAGUGGCUGUACGGAGAUCGCUUGGUGGCAGAGUUCUGCCAUAGCAUCGCAGAAGCUCAUUUGAAUCAUCCUGAGAAGGCCAAGGAACACCUGGAAAACUUGCAAGGCUUGCUUCCUCGCAUCGACAGCAGGUACAUGAACGUCUCCCUGAUCGCCAAUCACACCGCGUCAGCUGUUUUGGCGAUGGCGCAUGGGCAUGUGAUGGGUGCUUUGAAUGCAUUGAGAAAAGCAGUGGAGGUUGAAAUGGCCAUGCCCUAUGGCCUGCCACCCAACUGGGUCCUACCCACCCGUGAAUGCUAUGGUGAAGCACUACUUUUGGCGGGCCACUUUCAAGAAGCCGAGCAGAUUUUCCGAAAUGCCUUGCGUGGAGAAUCCUAUCAUGCAGAGCCACAUUGUGGCUGGGCACUCCUGGGCUUGAGAAGGAGCCUUCAAGGACAAGGAGCUUCGUCUCACAGCUCAGAGAUCAAGUCAUUGGCACGGGAGAUUUCCGAGGCUUGGAAGUUCUCAGACGUGCCCUUGAAUUCUCCCUGCCUGCACAUUGACCUGGGGCCGCUCGUACCGGCCAUGUACGUGUGAUGGCCUUCACCACUAGAGGCAUCAUGGAAUUGCUGGCGUUGGCUGGCAUUUGGCUGGAGGCAGCACGGAAUUGCUCCUCCCCGGACCUGUCUGCAGGGAAUUUCAACACCUGCGUAGUGUUUUGCACAACUGCCAUGUUGCUCCACUGUUUGGGUGGAAUCUAUGCUUGGCAAAUCUAAAAAAGUGCAGGUCACGGCCAAGUGCCGAUGAUUUGUAACGGGGUGGGACCUGGCUCCAAAUUCUUCAAAGCAAGUAGUGCAUCUCUUUGCUGUGAGGUGUUAUGAGUUUUUGCAUGUGUUCCUGGAAUUGGACACAUGGGUCAUGGUCUCCAAAACCCUCCAGAUCGUCGCUAGUAUCACUGUGUGUCGAAAACCGCCAGGAUGGAGCAAGCCCAGUCGGGA